CGCAUAGAAGAUAUUACUCAUGAUUUCAAUUUCAUUUUUUUACAACACAUAUUAAAUUGGGACUCAAUCCGAUUGAAGAUGUGCACGUCAACAGAAAAGAAGAAGCCAUGGCAGUUGAUGCUUUUUCAGUGGGAAUGGCCACUGCGAGAUGCGGUGGCUUCCGGAGAGGCUGAAGAAGUCGCUACGUUUCAGCGCUAUGUUCCAGCAUACAUUAUGCGAAGAGAACCGAAAAAUAACAUUAACAUGUAGUAUUCCUUUUCCUAUUCGUUAAAAAAACAGAAGGAUCAUGUCGAUGUCCUAAUAUUCGUGUAGUAAAAAAGUACAAACAAACAGAAGCAAACGAGCCUUGUACCUCCAUGGGUGCUAGCUUAGCAUGAGUGCCACAAGAUUCUGUUGAAUUAAUUCGUAAACGUCAACGUAUCAACUACAAGAUAAAAAUUCCGCUAAUUCCACCAAAGACGAAGCUUUUGCAGCGAGAAAGGAUUUUGUACUUGCACGACCCCAGCUGAUGUCAAGAAAAAGCCGGCUAGAACGUGAUGCUGUCUUGUGGCGGAAGAUUUACACCCGUUAUGCACAGGGGAAACGACUUGAAGAUGAUGGGUCGAACAAACAGGAAAAGGUAAUAAAGGUGGCAACAAACUACGGAUCUUCUUCUUCAAGUACCCCAACAACAACUUCUUCUUCCCUUGUUUCCUCCGAGAACAAAGCCGCCUCGACAAAAACAGCGCAAGAAGCCUGCAAUUAUACCUCAACUAGAGAAGGUAAUAUCAGUGUCAACUUCAAAGUGACACCCAUUGUGCCACACACGGAAGAAGAAGAUCCAGAGAUCAUCAAACCGACGCACGAAACAACGCGAAUCCAUGCGUCGCAGAAAAGGGGUCUGUAUGGCGCGAUUGUUCUAACUAGGUGGAGGUGUGCAUGAUGAGGUACUAUCAAUUGCAAUUUUAGUUCCACUAGUAAAAACCAUAGAGCUUUAGGAAGUCUAAUCCUUAAUAUUCACACUCACGACCAUUGACGACUUGAUGGGAACUUACUAAAAGGAUGACAAAACAAGAUGAUCUUAAUCUUCUAACUUUCCCGCAUGCUCCUCCUCUGGGGUUGUAUGCGUUGUGGGGAGCCAACGGAUGGGAGGUGUGAGACAUGCAUGAAUCCAGACAGACCGAUCUGCGACAGCUGCCGUAAGGAGUGUCGCUCGUGUGGGACGACUACUAGACUCGAAGACGGCAGAUUUAAAAAGUGUGGAGCGAUGGAGGAUCGUUGAGAUGCGAUGGAAGAUCGCUGAGAUUUUACUAGCGCUCUGGGAAAGAAGAAGAUUUCUUGUUCUGGGGAAGCAGAUUUCUUGCUCUAGUAGGAGGUUUGUGAAAGUCAACGCUUGUUCUGUGAAAGAAGAAGAAGAUUCUGACAUGAUACGCGCAAUACUAGGCUACUAUUUUUCUUGCUUGGUGGAUGCUGAUGCUCAUACUUUUACUUACUCUUACAUAAAAAAAAACAAAGAAGAUUAAGAGAUAGAGGUCGUGUUCUUCACAACUUCGAUGCCUCGACGAAGUCCUCUACAACGAGUCUUACCUACAUUUUUUGGCUACUGG